GGUGUUUGGUGAGCAAUGGCGGCGGCUCGCGGUGGGCGACCGUGGUGGUGGUCGUCCUCGUCCUCCUCGUCCUCCUGCGCUCCGCUUCUGCUGGUGCUGCUCAGCUGCCUGGCGCCGCCGUCGCGCGCCGCCGAUACCGUCGCCGUCGGCCGGCCGCUGUCCGGCGGGCAGGUGCUCGUGUCCAAGGCUGGCAAGUUCGCGCUCGGCUUCUUCCAGCCAGAUAACUCCUCGCAGCAGUGGUACGUGGGAAUCUGGUACAACAAAAUCCCAGACCACACCAAGGUGUGGGUCGCUAACAGGCGGGCCCCACUCUCUGACCCGGACACGUCACAGCUCUCCAUCGCGAGCGACGGCAACAUGGUCCUCCUCGACCGUGCCAGGUCACCGGUCUGGUCCACCAACGUCACCGGCAUCGCCGCCAACUCCACCGUCGCCGUCAUCCUCGACACCGGCAACCUCGUCCUCGCCGACGCCUCCAACACCUCCGCCGUGCUGUGGCAGAGCUUCGACCACUUCGGCGACACGUGGCUCCCCGGCGGCAAGCUCGGACGGAACAAGCGCACCGGCGAGGUCACGCGCCUGGUCGCGUGGAGGAGCUACACCGAUCCGGCGCCGGGCAUGUUCUCCCUCGAGCUCGACCCCGGCGGCGCGAGCCAGUACGUGAUGAGCUGGAACGGCAGCCGGCAGUACUGGAGCAGCGGCAACUGGACCGGCGACAUGUUCAGCUCCGUGCCGGAGAUGAUGGCCAGCAGCGCCGACCCCCUGUCGCUGUACACCUUCAACUACGUCGACGCCGAGAACGAGAGCUACUUCUUCUACGACGUCAAGGGCGAGGUGGUGCUGACGCGGUUCGUCGUCGACGUGACCGGCCAGAUCAAGUUCAUGACGUGGGUGGACUCCGCCGCGCAGUGGGUGCUCUUCUGGUCGGAGCCCAAGGCGCAGUGCGACGUCCACUCGCUCUGCGGGCCCUUCGGCGUCUGCGCCGACAGCGGGCAGCCGGCGUGCAGCUGCCUCCGCGGGUUCCACGUCCGGCGGCCGCAGCAGUGGCUGCAGGGCGACCACACCGCCGGCUGCGCCAGGAGCACCGCCCUGCAGUGCGGCGGCGGCGCCCAGCCGGCGGAGCGGAAGACGAAGAGCGACAGGUUCUUCACGAUGCCCGACGUGAACCUGCCCGCCGGCGGCGUGAGCGCCGCCGGGGCGGCCGCCUCGAGCGCUCAUGACUGCGAGCUCGCGUGCCUCGCCAACUGCUCCUGCUCCGCGUACUCCUACAACGGUAGCUGCUCGCUCUGGCACGGCGACCUCAUCAGCCUCCGCGACAUGACCGGCGCCGGUAACGGCGGCUACAGAAUUUCGAUCCGCCUGGCCGCGUCCGAGUUCUCCGGCAGCGGGAGCACCAAGAAACUGAUCAUCGGGGUCGUCGUCGCCGGAGUAGUUGCCGCGGUGACGCUCGCCGUCGUGGUCACGGUCCUCGUUCGGAGAAGAAGAAGGACGAAGGCGUUGCGGAGAGUGGAGGGCUCCCUGAUGGCGUUCACGUACCGUGACCUGCAGCUCGUGACCAAGAACUUCUCCGAGAAGCUCGGCGGCGGCGCCUUCGGGUCGGUGUUCAAGGGCUCGCUGCCGGCGGACGGGACGCCGGUGGCGGUGAAGAAGCUGGAGGGUGUUCGACAGGGGGAGAAGCAGUUCCGCGCGGAGGUGAGCACCAUCGGCACCAUCCAGCACGUCAACCUGAUCAGGCUGCUCGGCUUCUGCACCGAGGGGACGCGGCGGCUGCUCAUGUACGAGCACAUGCCGAACGGCUCGCUGGACAGGCACCUCUUCGGCUCCAGCUCGGGCCAUGGCGGCGUCCUGAGCUGGGAGACGAGGUAUCAGAUCGCACUGGGCGUCGCGAGGGGGCUCGACUACCUGCACGAGAAAUGCAGGGACUGCAUCAUCCACUGCGACAUCAAGCCGGAGAACAUCCUCCUCAACGACGCGUUCGCCGCCAAGGUCGCCGACUUCGGGCUCGCCAAGCUGAUGGGCCGCGACUUCAGCCGCGUGCUGACGACAAUGCGCGGGACGGUCGGCUACCUGGCGCCGGAGUGGAUCUCCGGCACGGCGAUCACGACCAAGGCCGACGUGUUCAGCUACGGGAUGAUGCUGUUCGAGGUCAUCUCCGGAAGGCGGAACGUGGGGCAGGGGCAGGACAGCGCGGUGGAUUUCUUCCCGUCGACGGCGGCGCGCCUCCUGCUCGCCGGCGACCUCAAGCGCGCCGUGGACGCCCGCCUCGGCGGCCGCGCCGACAUGGCCGAGGUGGAGAGGGCGUGCAAGGUGGCGUGCUGGUGCGCGCAGGACGCCGAGGGCGCGAGGCCGACCAUGGGGAUGGUGGUGCAGGCGCUCGAGGGCCUCGUCGACGUCAACGCGCCGCCCAUCCCGCGCUCCUUCAACGUGCUCGGCGAUGCCUCCAACUACGUCAAGUUCUUCUCGGCGUUGCCGUCGGUCUGACGACCAUGACAUCUGCACCCCAUCCGUAUAUACGUAGUUACAUAUACACGUAUACUAGCAAAAACUAGCACGGUGGCCCGUGCAUAUUGCCACCGUGCAUAUUGUAUGGCUAGUGUUAUUAUAAAUUUUAACUAUAUAGAGUUACUUAUCUUGAUAAUAGUUAUUUUUAGCUGUUAAUUUGAAUAUUAUUUUUUUAAAUUAUAUUUUUACAUAGAACUUCAU